AUGCCUCGUCAACGCCGUGGUGCCGCUCCCGCCCCUACCCCUGCGCGCAGCGCCCCUACCAGACCUACCGCCGCUCCCGCCAGACCGGCCGCUGCUCCGCAAGCCCAGCACUCCCAGCCUCACUCAACCUCUGCCCACCAGCCCCAGCAGCAGCACGCUCCUCCCCCGGCCGCCGCUCCUGCCCCUGUGCAGCAGAGCCAGGGACCGGGUCUCUUCGGCCAGAUGGCCUCGACCGCUGCUGGUGUCGCAGUCGGAUCCUCCAUCGGCCACGCCAUCGGUGGUUUCUUCGGCGGCGGUUCCAGCGCCCCCGCUGAGUCUCAGCCGGCCGCUCCUCCUGCCGAUGCCCAGCCCAUGGACAACGGUCUGUGGCAGAGCAGCGCCGCCAACACCUCGUGGGAGAACCCCGCCUGUGCCACGGACGUGAAGAACUUCCGGAGCUGCAUGGAUGAGAACAAGGGUGAUUUGACUAUCUGUGGAUGGUAUUUGGAUCAGCUGAAAGCUUGCCAGGCCGCUGCUAAGCCUUACUAA